AUGGAGAAAACUCAUCAGCUUUUUCAUGAGGAUCACUGGAGGACAAACAACAACAUUGCUGAUGUGGUUGGUCUGUUGUAUGGAUCCAUGCAGGCAAUCGUAACGUCUGAAUUGAACACGUGGCAUAUCUCUGCCAAGUUUGUCUCUCGCCUGCAGACCACUGAGCUGAAAGAAUAUCCAGCUGGUGUCUAUCAAGAUCUUCGUCAAUGUGCUGCUGACAACCCAUCCUUCACAUCAAGGAUCAUCACCAGUGACAAGAAUUGGGUCUACAGGUAUGACCCUGAGAUGAAACAGCAGCCAAAGAGCCCUUCAUCUCCACAACAGAAGAAGGCAUGA